AUGGAAUUUUGCAUGUUUCAUUCGUUCAUCUCCAAAAAUGAGCCCAAAACCGUGAAGAUUGUUCUUGAUCAUUCUGAUUGGGUGCAAGCCAUGCAGGAUGAUCUAAAUGAAUUUGAGCGUAAUAAACUUUGGUGGCUGAUUCCAACUCCGAAGAAUGCAUCCGUGGUAGGACUAAAAUGGGUAUUCCAAAACAAGCUUGACAAAGAAGGAAAUGUCAUUCGUAAUAAGGCAUGUCUAAUGGUAAAGGGUUAUUGUCAGGAAGAAGGAAUAGACUACGAAGAGACAUCCGCACCGGUUGCAAGGCUUGAAUCUGUUCUCAUUUUCCUUGCCUAUGCAUCUCAUAAGAAUUUCGAAGUCUAUUAG